AUGUCACACUCUGAAUUUCUCAUGCGUGUGUUUAGAAAUAAAGUCUUCAAAACCUUGUUAUUCAAAGAAGCUAAACAAAACACAGAUAAAGCACACCAAAUCGCAAAAACUAUUGCCAAAGAACUCCUAGAUCCAAAGAUUAUAUAUAUAAUGAACCCAAGAGAUCUAGUAAAACUGUUCCUCAUUGCAAACACCUUUACCAAAAUUCUGCACGCAAAGUUACAAAUCUUUUACGAACAUAAGGUCACCUAUAGGGCUAACUUCAUUGAACUUUUAAGACAUUGGCUAGAUGUGGAUGAAUUCAUUGAUAACUUGUAUGAUCCAGAUUUCAUAAGACGCACGAGCGCUAAUGACAUUAUUGUAUCGCAAGUAUUGGCAGAAGACCAUAUUCCAUUCCUCUACAAAUGGCUUGCUGAUCGUGGUCCUUACAACAAUAAUGAUAUUAUGAUUAGACAUCUCAAAAGACACCUGAAUACGAUUAAUAAGUCUAUUAGAAAAUACUGGAUAUUUGCAUUGGCCUUUGAUAAACAAACAGCUAGAGAUGCCGUGGCUACGUUAACAACUCUGACAUUUCACAAGUCAUAUUUCCUUUUUAAAAAAUAUCUCACGGACUUUGAAAAAGAAAUUGUUCUUAGAAAUGAUUGGAUCGCAGUCUAG